AUGUCGGCCCCUGCCAACCCAUCCACAGUGGUUCGCAGCCAUUCGACCUCUUCCAGGCCGUCUAGAGCUGUCCAGUCCGAUCUACCCCAUCGCACUAGAAGCGUGGCGGUCCGAUCGACCAACUCCUCCCAGCCCCCUCCACACUCUCACUAUUCACACUCCAAGACCCCCUCUCACGACCGUCGUCCCCCCUCCAACCAUGCCGCUCUAGACACCAUCGCCCGCCGCGAUUUCGAAGCUUCCAACCCUGCCAGGAUGCCUUCUCGUCGUGAGGCUUCCUCCGAACGUUCGCAAGAACGCCCAUCCACCGCAACCCGGACCGAGUCCACCCGACGACACUCCAGAAACCCAUCAUCAUCAGGACACAAACGAGAGAGCAUGGACACUGCCGCCGCCACUGCGCCCGAGCGCGCUGUGGAUUCUUCCCAGCAUGCGACCGGCACUCAAGCCUCCCAGCCCUCUUCGUCCCAGCCUAGGCGUCGCACGACCAUCACCACGCCAACGGGCCAAUGGGCGCUCGGGAAGACCAUCGGUGCGGGGAGCAUGGGUAAGGUGAAGUUAGCCAAGAAUAUGGAAACUGGCGAGCAGGUUGCCGUCAAGAUCGUCCCCAGACUCUCGACCGAAGAACACCGCAACAGCCGCGACACCGAACGAGCCGACCGAUCAAAAGAAAUCCGAACCGCUCGAGAAGCCGCCAUUGUCAGCUUGGUGAAUCACCCAUACAUUUGUGGCAUGCGCGAUGUGGUACGGACAACAUAUCACUGGUACAUGCUCUUCGAGUAUGUCAAUGGUGGCCAGAUGCUCGACUACAUCAUCUCCCACGGCAAGUUGAAGGAGAAGCAGGCUCGCAAAUUCGCUCGACAAAUCGCCAGUGCCCUCGAUUACUGCCAUCGCAACAGUAUUGUCCACCGUGACUUGAAGAUCGAGAACAUACUAAUCAGCAAGACCGGCGAUAUCAAGAUCAUCGACUUCGGCCUCAGCAACCUAUUCUCCCCGAAGAGUCUACUCAAGACAUUUUGCGGCAGUCUCUACUUUGCUGCGCCUGAGUUACUCCAGGCGAGACAAUACACCGGGCCUGAGGUUGACGUGUGGAGUUUUGGAAUUGUUCUCUAUGUUCUUGUCUGCGGCAAGGUGCCGUUCGACGACCAGAGCAUGCCUCAGCUACAUGCUAAGAUCAAGAAGGGUGUGGUCGAAUAUCCACCUGGUCUGACUGCCGAAUGCCGCCAUAUCAUAUCUCGGAUGCUGGUCACUGACCCGAAGCAACGCGCGAGCUUGAACGAAAUCAUGAACCACCCUUGGAUGAACAAAAGCUUCAGCGCACCACCAGAAAACCACCUUACCCACCGCGAUCCACUGCAGCUGCCAUUGGACCAAGAGGUGCUGGAGUCAGAUGAAUAUCAACAUGCAGUCCGACUUAAUUUCCGUGAACAUCCUAUCGCCAACCAGGCAGAGAAGAAGCGUGGUGUCUUCGACUUUUAUAAACGACGCAACUCAGCUGCUAGCCGUGAUACUCUGUCGGCACCUUCUGCUGAGGCGGUGCAGCUGGGCAAUGACCCCUUGAACGCUUAUAGUCCCUUGGUCUCGAUUUAUCACCUUGUGAAAGAGAAGUUGGACCGAGAGCGGGCCGAAACUCGCCCAGGCGCCCUUGGUAUUCGUCCGACCGCCGGCGAAGAGCAGUUGCCCCUAGUGGCGCCUCCCGAGGCUGCACACACCAAUCAGUACCAAUUGCCUGGAGAGAAGGAUAUUGGCCGUCGAUCUCGCCCACGUGCCAGAACCCACGGUGAAGACGAAGUCACCGAGGGCAUGAAGAGUCUGCACGCGCACUCGCCUUCAGCUCAUGCCGUGCCAAAUGUGGUGCAACCCGACACCCCCGCCAAGAGAGAGAGCACUGCUGCAGGUAUCUUGAGACGCUUCAGCACUCGCAGGACCAAGGAUCGCAGCCGCGAUGUCGAUCGCGAACGUAUCAGCACCCCGAACACGCCUACGCUGAAUGUCCAAGCUCCUGCCGACUCCGCAUCUCCUAUGCACCGCGGGUUCAGCGUGAGACGCACUCGACGUGCUGACCCGUCGCCGGCUCCUCUUACACCCGGUGGUAGCCAGCCUCAACAAGAUUUCCUCGCUGCCCCAGGCUCGGGCGAACAAUCUUCGCAGUCAAAGUUCUUGGGCCGAUCUACUAGCGUCAACUCUGCCGACUACCGACCUCGCAGAGCCGGCCGGAGAAGUGAUGCUGAUACGCUGGACGUUGGUCAGCCUCCUUCGACUAGCGGGUCUGAUCAGAUUGGUCCGAAUAGUCAACCUGACCAAACCGGCCUGAGACCUAGUACUCGCACGCACACUGCACGAACCAUGUCACUCGGCCAUGCACGCCGAGAGAGCAUCCAAGCUCGUCGGGCUCGUCGGGAGGCUGCCAGAGAGGCAAAUGUGCCAGAGGAGACUGAUGCAGAUAUCUCUGGCGCAGGCACAGCACUGGAGAGCGCCAACGAAGGCGAGGAUCUCUCCAAGCCUGUCUUCCUCAAGGGUCUCUUCAGUGUGUCCACCACCAGCAGCAAGCCCUUGCCCGUUAUCCGGGCGGACAUUAUUCGUGUUCUGAGGCAGCUGGCAGUGGAGUAUGUCGAGAUUAAGGGUGGUUUCAGCUGUCGCCACGCCCCUAGCAUUGACCUCGAUAAGGUGGUCGAUGUUAGCCCUCCCAGCCCAGAUCGACAGGGUCAGAUCUCGCACCGUCGCCGGAUUAGCUUCGGUGGUCUUCUUGGACAUGACGAUUCCCGGGACGACAGCCGACAUGAUAGCCGCAGUGGUGCUAGACUGCAACGUCGCACCCAGGGACAACCAGACCGCAGUUUUACCACAAACUCGGACGGAUCCGAGGAAUACAUUGCUCGAGAACAGCCCCAGGCCGCGGUAGGCGAACGUGUUGUUGGCGAAACCACCACCCGAGUUCAAAGCGACACCGGCGAAAAUCUUGUGCUACGAUUUGAAAUCCUUAUCGUGAAGGUUCCUCUUUUCUCGCUGCACGGUAUUCAGUUCAAGAAGGUUGCCGGCGGUAUGUGGCAAUAUCGUGAAAUGGCGAAGAAAAUCUUAGAUGCUUUGCGCCUAUGA